AAAAAAAAUCUCUGUUCCCUCGUUCGUCUCGCUGUGGAUCAGCCUGGGCUCUAAGAAAAGAGGCUCAGAGCUGAGGCCUGUAAAUGUCUGUAGUGAAAAAGGGAAAAUAGUCGACAAAUAUUACAUUUUCAUUUCAGAAACAUUGUUUAUUGGAUUAUUUUUCGAUCUCUUUUAAGAAAUGCGUCGACGUUUUGGCUUUUUGUCUUAUGCAUUUUUGGAUCUCUGGGACUUUGAAUGCAAGCCUCGGACUCGACUGCGAGGGAUGGCCGCAUAUUGGACUGGAUUUUCCCGCUCGCCCUUUAGGAAAGUCUCGGGGAAGCCUCAACUGCUUAUUUAACACCUGCUUCCCACCGGAUUUUGACUAUUUUCACUUAUAUCUGUAAUAUGCUCGCUUUGUAUUGAAUUAUAAUGUUAAAUUGUUGAUUCGCUUUAAAGUUUUUUUGUUAAAACGAGAAACCUUACAAAGGCCACGUUUCGAAAGCAGACUGAAAUGGCGGUUAAGUAGCAUUAUUUGGCAACUUAUUUUACCGACGAACGGCGAGAGUUACUUAAAGUGUAAUGGUUACAACUCAUUUACAAGCCCGCUGAUUACUUUUUUAAAUUUCUAAAGUUAUAAUUUGGCUUUGUUGGGUAAAGCAGUCGAUUGGUUAGCUUAACGUUGGACUAUUUACCAGCAAUGACGGUAUGUUCCCUAAUGUUUUUUGCCCUGUUAUUUCACGUACCAUCGACAAUUUAUUAUAUUUAUCCCAUAGUAGUAUUAUUAUACCGUAGUGUUAAAAAGUGCCGUUAACGUGAGGCUCCCUGUGUUUUAGCCUUCUUCGGUGUAGCCCUGUAUUUGCCAUAAUGGCACAAAACGAUGUUUACCGGUUAAUUACUGGCUAAUGGUUCCCUGCUUGUUUACAUGUUGAGGUUGUUGAAUACGCGUUGUUUUACUGUUCCACCUUUAUUUUUGCUUUUCAAACGCUACCGUGAGGAAUAUAAUUAAGGCUAUUACAGUUAGCGCUCAACAUGGCGGUUGUAUGCUUCUUGUUGUGAACGAGAAAAGAUGGAGUCUGGAAUAUUCUUGUUGGCUAACUUGACCAGUCAAUUACCCACGUAUUUGUUUUGAUAUUAAACCGCCGAGCACAGUAUUAAAAUGAGCCCUGUGAAUAUUUUAGCUUUACUUUUAAGUCGUUAGGUUAUUUCAGAGGUAGAAAGUGCUCGUUUACGUUUGCCAGUGACGAUUUGAACACUGUCGACUCUUCGUCGGUGGAGAAAGUUGAAGCCAUUUUGCUAACAACGUGCAUAUUAGUCUGUUAUAGAAGAGGAAAUCUCUCUGUUUAGUCUGUAUGCGGAUGUAUAACCCUGAAUUUACUGUAAUUAGAACAAUGGGGUCUUAACCAACAUGUAUUAGAGUCAAACUGAGGUAAGCGUGUUAGAGCUAAAAUAUUAAUAGUGUCUUCAGUGGCUAAGAAUUGUCUUCAGCAUAAACAAUAGAUUAUGCUCAAAGGAAUGGACCCAAGUGACCAGUGUUUCCUAGGCAAAAUGAUACAAUGUCUUAAAUGUAAGGUCUUUGACAGCCACAGAUUCCAUUUGUCCCAUAAAAGCAACAGAGGGUUGUUUGGCAGUAGGUAGGUGCUGAGAAUUUGGUAUAGACCCUUUCACACAUUUUGUCUUCGUUUUGUCAAAAGAAGGUGGGAGUAAACGCCACAAGCAGUGUUUAAAUCCUUGUGUGGUUGUAUAAUCUAAAUCUGGUGUAGUGUUUUUACUGCAUGUAAUGCUGUUGAAGCAUUGUAUCAGUUUCUGCUGCCCAUUUUUCUUUAUUAUUUUUUUUUUCUAAAUAAAGAAACAUAUUUGAAACAACAGUAUGGACUGUUAAGUUUUAUUUUUACAUCCCACAUGCAUGUUGCUGAAUGGGACCAAAUGUCAGCACUGUGAACAUGCCUGUUUGCCAUCAUCUGUUCUGUUUUUUGGCAGAUCCGUCAGAGGAGAGUGUCACUGAAGCUCAGAAGCAAGGUCAGAUCUGCUGUAUCCACAUGGAGUCAAAACAUGCUUUGAGUGAUGUGAGAAUGAUCAGCUUUGCAAAGGCAUUGCACAACCACAUUUUCAAUGCGGAACCGGGUCCCAGAAGGCUGUCAAAAGUGCUCCCUCUGCUGCUCCGAGGAGAUACAAGAUCCUAGGCUCACUCAAGUGUUUAUACUGGAACAACAAACCUCGUUCAGCACGUCUUCAAGGGACAGACUCGAGCUCUCAGUUGUCUUCAUUUAAAGAAAAAAAAUCAGACUUCUGGAUAAAACGCACAGUGUGUUUCCUUAAAGCAGAUUUCGGGGGGUGGUCAUGGUGUCCGGUGAGGUGUGGGACCCCCUCCGUGUGGGCCAUAUUCCGUCACGUCUGAGUGAACAACGCCCGGCUUCCCUCUGCAAACCCGCACGGACUGCAGCUAAGGACACCACCUCUCACCAAAGUCAGCGGCCAUCCCCUUUGUCUUCCCCGCCGCCGCUGCCAGUGGUUCGAAACACCCUUCACCCAGCUCGAGCUUCCUCCUUGCAUCCGCCUGUCACUUUGUACGGCUCAAACAAGGUCAAAGGACUACACAAACCAGUACACCGUCCUGGUGUGACCUCCCAGUCUGAAGAAGAAAAAGAAGGGGAGGGGGAGGAAGGGGAAGCUGAGCGCUUGGAGAUGAAGGGUAAAAGGCUCGGAGGCCGGGGAGAGGCCACAAUGGAGGACAGGCUAGAGGAUAUGGGUGAUGGACCUAAAAAUGCAAAAAUCACCCUAAGCUUCCCGCUCAGUGCAGCCCCCCUUCCGACCUCUCUGACAUCACCAAACCACUGUCAUGGCUCCUCCUCCUCAUCUUCCCCUUCCCCCCACCGACGGCGACCAUCAUCCAAGAGCUCAGACAAGGGGUCGCUGUGGAAACUGGAUGCCACCAUGGACGUAAAGCACAGACCUUUUAAACCCCCAAGACACGACAGCUCUCCGUCCUCUUCACCCUCCUCAUCAUCAUCUCCCAUGACUGUUCAUGCACUCAUCAGAAAGGACAUCAAAUCGCCACCUCCUCUAAAGUGCUCCAAGCUCAGUUCAGAGACUCAGUUUCACAGGUCGCCACCAAGAUCCUCCACCGGGCCUUUUGGGGGAUGUUAUGCUAGAGAUGGCUGGGAUGACAGGCACAGGGCGGCCAACGGUACAGCCUCACCCUCACAGACUGCUCAGAUCCUCUUCAGUCUGGGCACAUCAGCCUAUCAGAGAGGCGGGGAUGCAGAGAGACGAGAGAAAAUAACAGGAAGGCCAUCUGGGAAAGCGGGGAGCCCUCACGGACCAAGUCUUCACCCACCCACCCUCCAUCUCCCUCCCCCUUUACCACCACCACCUCCUCCUCCCUCCGAGGGCCUCACUGCACCCCCACACUCAUCCUCCUACUCCCCUACUGACAGCCUGAAGCCCGAACUGAUUUGUGGUGUGUGCCAUCGGCUGUUUAGCUCAGCCUCCUCCCUCACGGUCCACAUGCGGCUGCAUCGUGGCAGCCGCGCCCUUUGCUGCCGUUACUGUGGCAAGGUCUUCAUCCACAGCAAGAGACUGCAAUCCCACGAGGCCUCCUGCAGGGUGCCAGGCCUGCCCUCUAAUAGCCUUCGCCCUCCUUCUCUCACUAUACAGCCAAAGGAGGAGCCGCUGGAGGAGGGCGAGGUGAGAGUGGAGGGGGGAAUGAUUGUGGGAGAGACAGACAUCAGCAAGGCACGGCCAGGGAAGAAAGCACGAAGCCUCCUGGCGCGUAUCCAAGGUGAUGAUGCAGCAGGCACAGAGGUGCUGGCGGGUGAUGAGAACCAUUUUGUGAAGGUGGUAGACGGCAAUGUCAUCUACUUCUGCUCUGUGUGCGAGCGCUCCUACAUGACCCUCUCCAGCCUGAAGCGUCACUCUAAUGUGCACUCCUGGCGCCGCAAAUAUCCGUGCCAUUACUGCGACAAGGUCUUUGCCCUGGCCGAGUACCGCACAAAGCAUGAGGUGUGGCACACAGGAGAGCGCCGCUACCAGUGCAUCUUCUGCUGGGACGCCUUCGCCACGUACUACAAUCUCAAAACCCAUCAGAAGACCAUCCAUGGGAUUAAUCCCAGCCUCAUCUCCAGUGAGAAGACAGCUAACGGGGGUUAUAAGCAGAAAGCUAACGCCCUCAAACUGUACCGUCUUCUUCCCAUGCGCUCCCAGAAGAGACCCUACAAGACUUACAGUGACAGUUUGCAUAACGGCCUGCUCCUGCCACCAACCGAAACACCUCCCCUCUCCCUGCCCGGCCUGGGCUGUGCUCUGGGCCCCGGGGACCUGCAAAGCCUAAUCAGUGGGGCCCACCCUCAGAGUCUAAAGCCUGACCCAGAUGCCUUCCCUGAUGGAUUCCCUGUCUCUGUGACUGCUGAGCACAGGGACCUCUCUGCACUAACACCCCUCCCCCAGAUAGAUAUGUCCCAAGUUAGAAAACAUGAGAGUGAGGCCCUUGAGUCAGAGCAGGGGAGAGGUAGUGGCAGCUUCAAAAUGUCCAACAGCAGUAAAACCAAAAGUCUCAAGAGUGGUAGAGGCACAGAGACGAGCAUGCCUUCUGUGAUAACAUAUGGCCAUACAAAGCCCUCCGUCAUAGUUCACGGGACAGCCGUGUCAUCCUCUGUCAUUGUGCAUAGCAAUCAGGUCACGUCUGGAAGUGAGAAAAGCCCAGUGAACAGCCCAUCCCCCGAAAACAGUGACAGUCAGACUGUAGUCAAGGGCCCGUCUCGGCCCAUCAAAAAGCAAAGGGACAGCAUAGAUAAUCACAGAAAGAGGUCAAGAGACAGUUCGGAUACGGCAGAGGAGGGCUCGAGAGGCAGGCAGGACGGAGAGACAGGCAGAUUAUUUCACAAAUCACGCAAGUCCCACAGCAAAAGUGACAUCUCUAACUCAAAGCAGCUGUCAGCAUCUGUAGGGUCACAGGUCAAAGAGGCAGGGCCACUGUGUCAGAUUACUGUACGUAUUGGUGAGGAGGCCAUAGUGAAGCGCAGCAUAUCUGAGACAGACCUCAGGAGAGAUAAGAGCCUUUCUCCCCCCAAAACCAAACGCAGUGAAACGUCAUCUGUGCGGGACGCCAAGGAACCACGCCACUCUCACUCCCACCACCACCACCACCACCACAGACACCGCCUCCAAAGCAGAGCCAGCAUGGAAGCAGAGGGCGAUAAGGAAGGUGGAGACUCUGAGGAGGAGGAGGAGGAGGAAGACUUGGUCAGGAAAAAGAGCCCCAAAUCCCCCAGUGAAGUGAGGGAGUACUACUUUCGUCAGGAGGUGCGUGAGCACGAGAGCGACCAUGACACAGAGGACAAUUUAUGGCGACCUUACUACUCCUAUAAGCCUAAGAGAAAGGCCCAAGCACAUCUACAGAGGGUAAAGAGCUGGCAGAGGAAGCUAAAGUACAAGCGCUCCAUCCGGCUGAAGAGGAGGGCAGAGAGGCUUAAGAACCUUUCAAAUAAAGAAACAGAGAAAUCACAAGAUGAAGAAGAGGAUGCAACAACUGAGGAGGCUGAAAAACUGCCAAAAGCUAACAGAGACAAGAGAGAGGGGGAAAAGAAAGAUAAAAAUAAAGAGGCUGAAGAAGAGGUUAAGGAGGCCCGCCAUGAGGUUUCCACCUCUCCUGUGCACUCUCCAAAACCUCCUCAGUCUACCUCAGUGGCUCCUACAGGAAUAAAAAGGCGGCCGUGGACUAACGGGAAUGCAGCUGAGUGUGGUACGUGCGGCCGCUGGUUCUCGAGCCCCAGAAAACGAGACAAACAUGAGCUGAGCCACCUGCUGGAGUUUGUUUGCCUCUUCUGUCGAGCCACUUUCCCCUCGAGGGAUAAGCUGGAAGACCACCAGAGAGCCCAGCAUCCCAAACCUACUGAAGCCCCCUGUGCACCUCUCAAAGCUGCUCACGAACAAGUAGAAGGGGCCAAACCUGUGCCGGAGAUUUCAAAGUAUGAUGAAGAUAAGGGGGGACAGGGUGGCCUGGGAGGGAGUCACUCUAGUCCAAGUCGUCUAAGCAGAAGGGCCUUAUCACGACACACGUGCCCGCAGUGUCACAAGGUGUGCAAGACAUCCUCCGCACUGAAUCGACACAUCCGACGCCACGAGCUCAGCAGUUCUCCAGAGAGAGAAAGGGAAGAUAAAGACACAGAGCCAAAAACAGCAGAGACAGUUGCCGACAUUCUUAGCAGAGACCUAGAGACUGAAAAAGCAGAGCUUCCCAGUGCUCUCUCUGUUUCAGUCAUCAGCUAUUCGACGCCAGAGCCGCCCAGCAGUGGCGAGUGUUUGGCGUCGCAGCAGCCUGAGGAGCGCCUCUGUGAGCUCACAGGAGAUCAUCAGGUGUCAGAAACCAGUGACAAACCUGAACUAACAGAGCCCACACUUCCAGCUCCAGAGAGAGAGCCCGCACCAAAAGCUGCAGACCCUCCGUUAGACGCCCCAGUAAACCUUACACCCACCAACCACAAAUUAACAUCUGCCACGCCCUCCACCCUCCAGACUGUGCUCGUCAUGAACGGAUCUGAAUGUCUCGACUACCGCACUCCCAGCAAAAAGCACCUAGACAGUCAGAUCCACAGAAUACCCAGCCCUGUGCACGCGAUGGCAUCCGCCAACACCUCCCCAAAUGUGCCCAUGACAUCACAGACCAGAAUAACCACUGCUGCUCCUCCUGUUUCCAUGACAACAUCUUCUAGCUCCGAGGGGGGAUUCAUGAAACGGGAUGGGGUCAUUAUGGACAGAGAGAGGCAGGGUGGGAGCAGUUUAUUUCUACACGCCGGCUACGAGGAGCCGCCUCUGGUGCAAGAUCUCAGAGUCCAGUCCCUGUCCCGCAGUCCCUCUCCCAAUGAAGCACAAGACCUGACCAUGUCCUCCAUACUAGCUCGCGAGAGGGAGGUAGAGAGGCAAAGGGAGAAAGAGAGGGAGAUGGAGAGACAGAGAGAGCGGGAGAGGGAGAAAGAAAUUGUGAGGGAGAGAGAAAAGGAACUAGAGAGGGUCCAGCAAGUCAGUAGAGCUGCUCACGUCCCAGAGGACCAGAUCACACUUUUGGUCCCCAAAGAGGAGCCCUUGAGCCCUGUCGCAUCUCCCCAACAUAUCCCCACUCAAACCACUAUGAAUGGACCCUCAUCACACAGGCACACUCCCAAAUCCCCCUGCCGGUCACCUUCGACCAUUGGACUGAUAGCUCAAGCCAACCACCAGGUUCACUCCAGUUCACAAGGACUUGACAGGCUCACGCUGCCCACCGGAGCAGCUGGUGCCGGCGACCGCCCCUCUGCCCACGCUCUGCUUCUCCCCCGAGCCCCGCAGCCACCUGAGCCAGAGCACCAGGACACCGUUUCUUCUAGAGAUUCCCAGCAAGGUAACACCACCCCAGUGGGCUACCCUUCCCAGGAUUAUCCACUACCCCUCAUUGUGCCGGACAGCUACCGCUCUGGUAAGAAGCAGGAGGAAAACCUGCUCAUGUCCUCCUACCCGCCUGGAACGCUUCCCUUUGGCCCCUUGGGAAAAGUGAUGGUCCCUAAUGGCGGGGACCUGGCCAAGCUGCCAUUCUAUCCGGACCCCUACCAGCUGCUGUAUGGGCCCCAGUUCCUGGCCUAUCCCUACAACUUGGCAGCGCUGCCCGUGGCUCUGAAUAUGAUGGCACCGGGGGGAGACAAAGUGGAGCCUCUGCCCUUCCUCCCUGCCAUCUUCAACUACGCAGCAACUGCUGGGCCUUACAUGGGGGCGGCCCCCCAUCCCCUUGUGGCAAACCCAAGCCUCUACAGCGGCAGCAGCGGCAGCAGCAAAAAGCAACGGGACAGCAGCAGCAGCAAACCCUAGGACAGCCUCGCACUAAAAGGAAUAUAAUUCAAAGGGGACAGCCUCAUGUGUUCAGGCUGGGAGCGGGAGGAGUGCAUACACUGGCACGUCACCCCUGCCUCUCUUUAAUCCAGCAGAGAUCGGAGUUAGGAAGCAAAAGUGUGAAGGGAGGAGAAGAAGCAAAGAAACUCUCCUGCCUUUACUCCCGCUCGCCUCUCUCCGCAUCUCUCCCGCCCAGCUGUAGCGUGUUAUAGAUCUAGAGCUCGAUUAAUCUUCCUCUUUGACUCAUUAUAUUAUCUAUAAUAUAAGAAUUAAGAACUGCUAACAGGGUGUGUGUUUUGUGAAAAAAAGAAAAAAAUUAGUUCAGUCUACUUCCCUUUAUAGUCACCGCAUAACGAGGAUAAAGGCUCUUCAGGGAAGGCUUGUGUGGGCAAGGAUGAGGCAGAGGAGUCCUUAUUCAACACGGCUGGAGGUGGUGAAGCAUUAAACGACUCAAACCUUUUGCGUGCGUUUGUACGAGUGAGCGAGUGAGAACAGCAGGCGUGUCCUGCUGGUAUAAAAGUGUCCACGAGAGGUAUAUAUGUGAGCUUUUACAUGGACAUGUACAGCAGGUAGGGAUGUGUGCAUGCAGGGGUUGAGCAGGUAUUAACUGCAUAUGUGCGAAAGUGUGUGAGUUUGGGCGUGUGGGAAUAAGAUCAUUCCGUUUGAGACGCACACAGCAUUCCUACUCUAGUCGGAAAAGCUACCGUAGGUCAAUGUGUAGAAGUGCAUUUAGAAGCGAUUCUUCAUAUCCAAAUCAUUAAGAAGUCGAAGCUGUGGCUGGACGCGAGUCUAUGACAAUGACAGAUCACCUGAGCUUCUGAGGUCUCUCAGCGAACCUGGCGACUCCGGGGGCCAGAUGACACUGUAGGAUCUGUAUAGCAUUCACCAUAGUUUAUACCUUAUGUGCACAAACUAGAAAAGUAGUGGUCACUUAAAAGGGACACUUGUAGCUGCUUUGGAAAUGUAGCUGGCCACUGGGUAAGAAUUAAAGGCUGGUAGACCAUUGCACUUCCGUUUUUUCAUCUCAUUUCCUUCACUUAAAAACUUAAAAAGACAAAAAAACCUGAAAAUACUACUAAAAAAAAAAAGGUCAGCCUUCAUGUUGCGUAGCUUUUUCCCCUCUUUGACUGGAAGAGGAAAAGGCUCCAUUUUCUAAGCCAGGAAGAAGAGAGCAAAGAAUGAGGGGGGAGAAAGAGAAAUGAAUUCAGGGUAUUGAGUUAUUUCUGAAGAGGAAAGAGAAAUAUAUGGGCACAAAACUGCUGGACUCUGAACAGAAGUGCUCCGUAGAAAUGACGCUGCGGACGAAAAAUGUUGUCCUGCUCCAUAACUGUGAGGAGAUUGGAAAAAGAAAAAAGUCUGAACUAUUUCCCUUCCUGCCUUGUGUUAUUACCGAGAGGUAGGAAAAGGCUGAGCUUAGCAGCCAAAAAGCGGUGGCCGACACUCUCCAGACGCCCUCGCGGUGGGGCCUUUUUGUUAAGUGUAAUGUUAUCUCUCUAUAUGUUUGUUCUGUUGAAACGAUGUUGUUGUUUAUGUUGUUUAGCCCUACCAGGUGGGGAAAGUGGCUUCGGUGGAAAAGAGGGGAGGGUAAAAACUUCAAAAUAUGAAUGUAAAUUUAGUCAUGAGGUUAAUGAAGUACAGCUACAUUAAUGGUAGAGUUGUUUUUUUCUUUGGGUUUUUUUUUUUCUUUGGUUGUUUUUUUCAAGUUCCUGUUUUGUUUUCUGUUUUGACACAAAUAACCUGUUAAAAGAACCGUAUAACGUCUGGUAUGCAUAUAUACAGUAGUCCUAGGAACAUGUCAGUAAACUUUGGUUCUGUAUCCACAAAGCAUGAGCAACACUCGCUUCCUAACCGUUUAUAUCCUCGGCAAAUCUGGCAUUGUGCGCACAGCUUCUGUUUUGUUUCCUUUUAUAUAUAUUUUUUCUGGUCUCUAAAUCAUCCAUAUCUGUUAUGUUUUUAAUGUAUUAUUUGGAAAAAUUCCACAAAAAUUAGCCGCCACUUCUUUUUUUUUUUACUUGUCACGGUCACUUUGGAGGCGCUAUUUUAAUCCCGCCCCCUCCCCGCCCCUCUCCCCUCUCCCCCUCGAGCAUACACUCGCUCACUGCACCUUUUUUGUUUUUGUUACUGUUGUUGUUGUUCUGAGUGAAGACGUUUUGGUGUGUGAUGGUACUCGGGCACCUUUUUGGUCCAGGCGGGAGUGUUGAAAACACUGUGUGACCGACUGCAGGGGUGCACAGGCGUCCCCCUUGGGUGUGGUUACAAGCCUUUUUAUUUUUAAAUGUUCUUUUGAUUUGUUUUUUUGUAUGUUUGGGGUACGUGUUGUGUACGAGAGCGAGCGGCUGCGUGACGUGAAUAAGAAAACCAAAAUAAAUCUGCCUAAGCAGCAUAUCCCUUGCAGCAUAUGGGCCACCUGUUUUGUUUGUUUUUUUUCUUUUCUGUGGGUUAGUUUCAAUGUAAAAAAAAGCCUUUCUGUCUCCAAUACACUAUCUCAAGCCAUUCCUGUAGACGGACAUGUUUGUGUUUUGCGGGGGUGUUUUUGGACCAUAGUUUCUUAUGCCAUAGUUUGCUCUCAUGGUUAUCAUACAGACCAAAAGCAUGCAAAUCGACGUAUUGUAGUGACUGGACUGGAAUCUGGUGGUUUAAAAAAUCAAACUAAACAAAACAACUAUUUACUGUAUGUUUUAGUUUAAAUGAAUGUGCCUCUGCUUUGAUAUUUAAAUAAUUAUAGUAAGAUGUGGAUCUGCCAGAUUUCAACUGUUAAAGGUGCCUUGUUAUGGCAUAAGAAAUUUGAAUUAGCAUUUUUUUUCCUUGAGAAAUGAUGAUUUGGAGAUAGAGUUCUUGGCUUUGUUUGCUACGAAGCUGUUCAUAGAUGUAGGAGUGUGGCUAAACUGUUUUGGUAUCGUGUACAUGUCUAGGGUAAUACUGUGCCAUAUAGAGCCCACAGAAUAUGUUAUUGUUAUUUUUAAAAGAUGUUUUAAUGUUGCCUGAUGACUUUGUCUUUAGAUUUGAUACAAAGGCUUGUAGCCACAGCUCUCCCAAAGUCUGUAGUUUCCUCUCUCCGACAUUCUACUUCUCCUCCUCCCCUCCACCCCAACCCCACCCCGUUUCCGUCUCCCUUUCUUUCUCUUUGCUGCAAUCAAACAAAAUAAAGUAUUAACCUGAUGACCCAGCGAAAUCAGCUCUA